AAAAUAGUGUAUAAUAGUGCUACUCUGUCAGUUCAUGAACUCAAACUCCUGUAUCUUGAGUGAAAGAUUGCAAAUGAAAAACAUCAUGGACAAUGCGAAGGGUUGGUGAGGGGGCGGGACAAGUCUCCCGAACAUAUAUCAAGAGCUUCAUAUUCAUAUCCAGGAGCAGGCACAAGAAACAUGGAGUGCUUCAUGAAAGAUUUCCUUUGGAUCAUUCUCAUUCCUCUCUCAGUGCAACAGCUCAGCUCACUCUGCCCAGCCAACUGUGAGUGCAAAACCGAUGGUGUGGCUUCGUGUUCUGGGUAUGAUAUCACUGAUAUACCAGAGUCUUUACCGUUGACUAAGCAGCUGUGGCUCCGUGGCACCAGCAUCACGGUGGUACCUGAACGGAGUCUGGAGAAGAUGGAGAAUUUGAAUCUUCUAUCUCUGACCUUCAGUCAUCUGAACACCAUCCAUCCUUUAGCUUUUCAUCGAACAAAACUCUUGUCCAUCACUUUGUCAGCCAAUGACCUCUCUGAUCUGCCUGCCCAAGUUUUCCAGCCACUUGAGGUUCUGCAGCGGCUUUCAUUAAACAGCAACCGUUUAGAGACGCUACCCCCAGGUGUUUUUGAUGGCCUUUUAGCCUUGCACUUCCUGGAUCUGAGUUACAACAAGCUAGGAGUUCUGGAACCAGGGGUUUUCAGUAAAAUGACCAAGCUUCACGAACUGCGCCUUUCAGGGAACUCAAUCAGGAGGCUACCAGCGACGAUCUUUCAUUCCCUGACUGAACUUGAAGAACUAUUGAUCAAUGAUAAUGAGUUGGAAGCUCUUGAGGCCGGGCUGUUUGAUGGACUGGUGAAUCUACAGUACCUGAAGAUUCAUAAAAAUCAAAUUGGUACACUUCCUCCUAAUAUUUUUUGGUCACUUGACAACUUGUCACAACUCACCUUAUCCUCCAACCAACUUCAGUGGGUCCCUGAGAGAAGUUUCUACAACAUGCCCAAGCUGACUAAGUUGACACUCAGUGAAAACCCCUGGAACUGCAACUGCCGCAUCAGAGGUCUUGCCUUGUGGAUAAAAAACAACCAAGGUGUGGUUCCUGACAGAGAUCAAGUGGUGUGUCACAGUCCCAAUUCUGCCACCCCCCAUCCUCUUGUCUCUAUCUUGGACUUUGACCAUUUCGGCAUGACAUCCCCACCAACCCCUGCCACACAACCAACUGUGAUGGAAAAAUCAGCAUUCCUGACUACACCAAUGAACGAAGUGCAGUCUGUUACUUCUCUCGCGACACCAACUUCUACAGUCCCCACCCAGGGCCUGACACCCCCACCAAUACCUGCAACACAUUCUACUGUGAUGGAAAACUCGGAACACCAGACUUCACCAAUGAACGAAGAAACAUCUGCUGCUUCUCUCGCGACACCAACUUCUACAGUCACCACUCAGGGCCUGACAUCCCCACCAAUACCUGCAGCACAAUCUACUGCGAUGGAAAAUUCGGAAUUCCCGUCUGCACCAAUGACCGAAGAAACAUCAGCUACUUCUUUGGCAACACCUGGCAUCCGCCUGUCAUCCCCCCCCUCCUCCACCAACACCGCAGUGGCGACUCAGUCGUCUAAUAGAUGGCUCACCGCUGCCAUUCUGAUUGUGACAGGCGUGUUGCUGGUUCUUGCAUCUGUUUAUGGGUUGUAUUGCCUUGGAGAGCACAUUGAUAAACGCUGAGUGUGCACUCUUUAAUACUGCUAGUAAGCCAGAGUAGAGAUUUUUUUCUGUCAAAAACUGUCAUUGUAUUUUACCUGUAACGCUAAUUCAUGACUGAUGCUUUGUUUAAUCAGUUGAAUCUCAUACUGAACUUGACGGCUGGAUUGAAAAUGUUUUUCUCAUUUUGAAACGCAAGUUCAAUAAAUAGUGCUAAGACUCCAUCCUCUCCCACUGUGCUCCUUACCAAGACUAUGUUUUGCCUUGUGAGACUGGUUUUAAAAAUAAAAACA